GCUUCUGGAGUAACAGUGAACGAUGAAGUCAUAAAGGUUUUUAAUGACAUGAAAGUAAGGAAAUCUUCAACCCCAGAAGAAAUUAAGAAAAGAAAGAAAGCUGUUCUCUUCUGCUUAAGUGAUGACAAAAAACAAAUAAUUGUAGAGGAGUCAAAGCAGAUAUUGGUUGGUGACAUUGGAGAUACUGUGGAGGACCCCUAUACAGCCUUUGUGAAGUUGCUACCUUUGAAUGAUUGCCGGUACGCUUUGUAUGAUGCCACAUACGAGACAAAGGAAUCUAAGAAAGAAGACCUGGUAUUUAUAUUCUGGGCUCCUGAAAGUGCCCCUUUAAAAAGCAAGAUGAUCUACGCAAGUUCUAAAGAUGCCAUUAAAAAGAAAUUUACAGGUAUUAAACACGAGUGGCAAGUAAAUGGUUUGGAUGAUAUUAAGGACCGUUCAACACUUGGAGAGAAACUGGGAGGCAAUGUGGUAGUUUCACUUGAAGGAAAACCCUUAUAAAAAGACAGACAAGUGCCAUCUGGAUCUAAGGAGCUUCCAUUUCUGCAGCUCGUUCAAUUGGAAUAGUAUUAGUCUCCCUGUCCCCUUCCCUCCUCAAAAAAUAAGUCCCUUCCCUAAUGUCCCUGAAGGAGAUGUCAUUGUUAAGCAGUCUACCAGUGAUUGCCAUUAGACUGUUUAAUCCUGGUAGGUUUAUGUAGGAUCCAAGGAAUGCUUUCACGUCAUACUCUUAGCCAAAACUGACGUUGCAGGCAUUCCUUGCAACAUGUACAAUGAAUGUGAUAGUUAAUGUGAAUAGUCUAGCAGACAGCAAAGGGUAAGCUAAUUGAAUGCCUUGAAAGUAUUGUCCACUGGUCGGAUGGUAGACUCUAUACAGUAUUACUUACAGUUGCACUUGAUUGCAGUUCCAUGAGGCUCUUGUGCAUUCAUACACCUCACCUGCCUUGACAAGCCUAUUUUUGUGACAUG